GGCGGCGGCGGCGCCGCCAUGGCGGAUCGGUUAACGCAGCUGCAGGACGCGGUGAACUCGCUCGCAGACCAGUUCUGUAAUGCUAUCGGCGUGUUGCAGCAGUGUGGCCCGCCUGCCUCUUUCAGCAACAUUCAGACAGCAAUAAACAAAGAUCAGCCUGCUAAUCCAACAGAAGAAUACGCCCAACUGUUUGCAGCGCUGAUUGCACGAACUGCAAAGGAUAUUGAUGUUCUGAUAGAUUCCUUGCCUAGUGAGGAAUCAACUGCUGCUUUGCAGGCUGCUAGUCUGUAUCGAUUAGAAGAAGAAAAUCACGAAGCAGCCGCCCGGCUGGAAGAGGUAGUUUAUCGUGGGGAUAUGCUACUGGAAAAGAUACAGAGUGCUCUCGCAGAUAUUGCUCAGUCCCAGCUGAAGACAAGAAGCAGCACCCAUAGCCAGCCCGUUCCAGACUCGUAGCACCAGGGGGCAGCGCUCUGCUGCAAAACUGAACUGCAGAAAGUCCUGUUGAAAACUGUAGCAGUGUUUCUUACUCUUGUGGGACUCUGAAGUGCUUUGAUCACUGGUAACAAUAUAUUUUAUCAAAGCUCAAACUCCAGGUUUGGUAUGAGAAUCACUUAUAUUGUAGAGUUGGUGUUUCUGUUCUAGAAUUACACAUCUUAAUAUUUUAAAUCAGGAAAAUAUACAUAUUUUAAAUCAGGAAAAUAUACAUUACUUUUCUUUUUUUUCAUAAAUGUCAGACUUUAAUCUGAUUUGUCAUCUUCAUAACACAGAUUUUGGUCCAUAAAGGAAAUUCAUAAGGAAAGUAUUUUUAAGAGUAUUGUGUAAUUCACCCACCUUUACUUUCAAACUUUGGGCUUUUUUUUUGUUUGGUUUUUUUUUUUUUUUUUUUUUUUUUUUUUUUUUUUUUGUAAGGCUUAAGCAUGGAAACACUGUAUAAAUUAUCUGAGUUAACGGAGAAAAUGCUAGACAAUCAGAGGUGAGCACAGUGCUGACCAUCUAUUGUAAUUAACAGAAACGAUAAUUAAGCAGUUUGUAUUUCUGCUUGGCCAUCUUACCCCUUACAGAUUAAGUAAAGAGUUAAAUAAACUCCAGAGCUUGCAGAGUAAGUGUUUUUGCUAGUGGCAUCUCACUGAAAAAGUUAAAUGUGCAGAUAUCCGAUCUUGAUAUUUCUUGUUGUUUGUAAUUCACAAGUGGUUCUUUGACUCCAUUACUGCUACUGAUACACUUGCUGUCACUUGCUUAUGCUAUUUCUCUGCUUCUGCUAAUGUUUUGCAUUCUCAUGGCAACUAGUGAGCGCCUAUAAAGCGCACACUAUUGAGAAAGCACUAGAGGAGUCUGAGAAGACCCCAAAAGUAUCUGAGAGAGCAACUAGCAAUAAGAAAACUAAAAAUAAUUUAUUAUAUAAUAUUGCUUUUUAGUGUAAACAGUUGCUUAUAAUAUUGCUUUAUAGUGUAAGCAGCUGCUUACAUGAAUGCUGUGAUCAUAAGCCACAAGAGGUGUAGUCUCCAUUGAGAGAGGUUUUUGUUUUAUUUCACACACUGAAUAAUUUGUGCCCCUCAUACAAGGACUUUGGAAGUCCCAGCCUCUUCUGUAUGAAAAAUGAACAAGAUAUUUGGGGUUUUGGUAUGUGAGCUUGGAGUUGAACCUUUUGCUGCUAAUUAUCUAUAUUUUUGAGUUAGCUGUCUUGCAUUAUUGUAGGAUGCUCUUUAUUUCCACAUAAUGCAUCUGUUCAUUUGCUGAUCAAAACUACCUAUUUCUAUGUAUUGGACAUACUGUCAUUGGUGUAAAAGUUACAUGUGUUUUUCUAUUGCAUAUAGGCAGGUAAGAGCAAUUCAAAUAUGUCUUUAGCAAUCCAGUCCUUAAGGAUUUGGAUCUGGCUGCUUACUACACUGUGCCAAUAAAAGGAAGAGUAUAACAUGGCACAGGAUAUGUCUUCUAGAGAGUCUAUUUUGAGGAUUAAAAAAUACAAAGCUAUUCCUACAUUUAAUAAUGAUAAUAUCUAAAUAUUUAAUCAAAUAAUAUUAUUUGAUUAAAUAUUUAAUAGUAUUUAAUAAAAAUUACAUCUAUGUAGUCAUAAAUUUAGUCUGCUAUUGUGAGACUCACACACUAUCCAAAUUUCACAGAAGGAAAGACAAUUGGGGCAGUGAGCAGGCUAUACCAUGGUGUUAGUUCUGUAAUUGGAUUUAUUCUUUUUAUUAUUAUUAUUAUUUUUUAAGGGGGCUGUAGUGAUUUACUAAGCCAUGCAGAUAUCCUCAUUUCCUGCUGAGGCUGGAAGACCAAAAUUUUCAUUUAAAGUAAAUCUUGGGGUCUUUUCUUUCCAGGAGGAAAAAAAAAUGCAGCCAGUGCAUUUAUAUAUUGUUAUUCCCAAAACUAGUAGACACAGAAGACUGAAAAGUGUGGGUUUUGUUUGUGGAUUUUUAUUGGACCUUUUAAUUUGGAGCUUGUACAUUGCUGGAAAAGGGGCUAGCUCAUCAUGAUAGAUUCCCAAGUAUAGCUUAACACCUGUAUAACCUCAAAUAUAUUUUGUUAACUUGAAAACUUUCAUUGUGGAAGACGGUGUACAUCUUCAGUAAUGUUACACUUAUUUUAAUUUCAUAUCUUUUGUCUUUCAGUACUUGGAAACUGAUGUAUUACUACUGCCUAGUAUUGCUUUACUGUACAGAUUUUCUUAUACCAGCCCACUUUAUAUUAAAGUGUGUACUGGCAUAAAACAGUUGAUCACAUGCAGAAAUAAACCUUGACAGAGGUGUAAGAUCACUAGUAUAUACAUGUGGUUGCUCUGUACUUUGCCUCUGUCUAGCUUUGCAAAUGUUGCCAAUUUAAUAGAGAUGCAGUUUGUGAAAGUGACUAAUACAAUAAAGAAAAGAAAACUGAAA